AUGGAGCAGCUGCUGCAGCUGCUCCAUUUGCUGCUGCUGGCGCUGCUGCUGCUCUCCGCCCCACAGUUUGCCAGCAGCACAGCAGCAGCUGCAGGCCCUGAGCAAAAGCCCACGAGCUUUUCUCGGGGGGCCCCCCCAGGGGCCCCCUGGGGGGCCCCCAGGGGGGCCCCCUGGGGGGCCCCCAGGGGGGCCCCCUGGGGGGCCCCCAGGGGGGCCCCCAGGGGGGCCCCCUGGGGGGCCCCCCACGGGGUGGCAAGGUGGGUACUCACUGGGGCCCCCAGGGGGGCCCCCUUAGGGUCCACUGGGUCCAGUGCUGCAUGCAAAGCAGCAGCAGGGGGCCCCCUGUCUUUUCUGUGGGCCCGGGGGGGCCCCCGGGGGCCCCUGGGGCCCCAGCUGGCAGCAGCAGCAGCAGCAGCCAGGGCAAAACAGUGGCAGCCGCUGCGGCCAGCCACUGCUGCUGCUGCUGCUGCUGCUGCUGCUGCUGCUGAAGGAGCUGCUGCUGCUGCUCCCGCGCCGGUCUUCGAGCCGUCGAGCUCCGAGAGAGCCAGCGCCUCUGAAGGGCAGCCACCUGCUGCUGCUGCUGCUGCUGCUGCUGCUGCUGCAGACUGGCAGCAGCAGCGGGGCGAGAAGGCAGCAGCACUGAAGUACCAGCAGCAGCAACUCGAGAAGCUGCUGGGCCUUUCCGAUGAAGACGACAGGACCCCCUCAGGGAUGAGCGACGCGGAGUUUCUGGAGACUUUGGGGCUUGCUGCAGGAGGUGCUGCUGCUGCUGCUGCUGUGGGGCCCCGGGAGGUGGUGGGGGCCCUUCGGAAGUGGCGGCAGCAGCACCCCGUGUCUGCUGCUGCAGCGCAGCAGCUGCACAGCAAGUGGCUGGAGCUGAUGCAGCGGACUUUGCUGCUGCUGCUGCAGCAGCGGGAAAGCAGCCAGCAGCGCAGCAGCAGCUGGACAAGCAAGCUGCAGCAGCUCUUCUUCGGGGGCCCUGCGCUCUCUGCUGCAGCAGCAGCAGCAGACGACUUCCUUGCGCAUGCACCGAGCGAGCUGGACCCGGCCUAUGCCGAAGGCCCUGGCCUUCCGAAGGCCUUUGGGGCUUUGGCAGCUCAAGUCCGCGCGGAGCAGCAGCAGGCCCGAAGGGCCCCCAGCUUCCUGCAAAGGUCAGCAGCAGCAGCAGCAGCAGCAGCAGCAGCAGCAGCAGCAGCAGCAGCAGCAGCAGCAGCAGCAGCAGCAGGCUGGGGGCCUCGGCGAAGCACUUUCUCCCGCUGCUGGCAGCAGCAGCAGCAGCACCUCGAGCAGCACCCACAGCCCUCGUUGCUGCGGGGGCCCUCGCGGCCCGCCUCAUCCGCGGCGAGCCGCCGCGGCCGCAGACCCAGGGGCCCCCCGCCUCCCCAGGCGCCCCAGGAACCCCAGAUGCCCUGGGGGCCCCCGGGGCCCCCGGGGCCCUGGGGGCCCCCGGGGCCCGGGGCCCCCGGGGCCCUGGGGGCCCCCGGGGCCCUGGGGGCCCCCGGGGCCUUGGGGGCCCCCGGGGCCCCCGGGGCCUUGGGGGCCCCCGGGGCCCCCGGGGCCCUGGGGGCCCCGGGGCCCCCAGGGCAGCAGCCGCUGCGCGCGCUGUGUCAGAUUGCGGGGGUUUUGGGGCUGCAUGCGCUGGUGGGGGGGGCGUCGGCCUAUUUGUGCUGGAAGGUGGCUGGUCUGGGCGCGUGGAUCUCUCUGCGGGGUCUUGCUGCGGGCUCCGUAAUAGCGCAGUGGUGGCUGGCGUCUGCGCUGCACCGCCUGCAGCCGUCUGCUGCUGCUGCAGCGCAGCAGCAGCAGCAGCAGCAGCAGCAGCGGCUGCUGCCGGGGCUGGAAGCUGCUGCUGCGGAAAGCCCCGAAGACAUGGAAGCUCUGGAGGCUCGAGGGGGAAAAGAAUGGCUUUUUGAUGACCCCGAAUUUCCGCUGGGGUUCAGAGACGAAGACAACUGA